AUGCGUUUCUUCCUUGCUUUCCUCCUCGCUGCGCUGCAGAUCUCCUUCGCGAGCGCCACUCUCCGAUUGCAAAAGUGUGGAACCACAUUCCCUACCAACUGGGUUUCCAACUGCAGCCCGACGGACCAGCAGGACUGCAAGACUCUUUGCGGUCAGAAGUUUUGA